UACUGCGCAGACUCCGGAUCCAAAAAAGAUUCGCCAAAUAGUUUCACUUUUCCGCUGGAAGGAAGGAGACGCCGCGUGCAUUCUUUACAGGCUUGUUUACAGUAAGCGACUGUUCCGCUCGUCUCUGAAUAUCUUCCACUGAUUAAAAUACUGUGUACCUUUAAAAGCGUCUCUCACAUGAGAAACAGAGUUUAGGCGAUCUUUGCACUCCUGGGCGCGGCUCGUGAAGGAAGAACGCGAUGGAGACUCAGCGGAACAGCAGACUAUCACUUCAUCUCCAUCAAUCAUCACAGUCACGGCUCAAGGAAAACACGCAGAGGGUAAUGUUGCUGUCUCUGUUGCUUCUGGGCGGUGUUUGUAAUGCAGAAAGAGAUGAGACAAUGUCAGUGAUGGAAGGAGAUCCUGUAAUUCUUCAUACUAAUCUUUCUGAAAUACUGAACGAUGAUACAAUACUCUGGGCGUUUGGACUUAAAGAAUCGGUCAUAUCUCAGAUAGCGAGAAAGAACGACUUGACCUCAGUUUUUGUCGCCGAUGAAGUGAGUUUCGCAGGCAGAUUGCAGGUGGACCACAAAACUGGCUCUCUCACCAUCAGAAACACCAGAAACAGACACUCGGGACAAUAUAAACUAACAAUCUCUAGAGAAAAGACCACAUCCAGGAUAUUUCAAGUGGAUGUCUUUGAUAUGGUUGUUGAGACGGAUGGAGUGAAGUCAGUGUCCGUUACAGAAGGGGAAUCUGUCAUUCUACAGAAUGAUGCUACUGAAUUACAGAAAAAUGAUCUGAUAGUAUGGAGGUUUGGAGAUAAAGGCAUCCUCCUAGCUAAAAUCGAUGUAGAAACUAACAAGCUCUCAUUAAAUCAUGCUGAUGAACGAUUCAGAAACAGACUACAACUAGAACAAAAUGGAUCUCUGACCAUCACAAACGCCAGACCCGAACACACUGGACUUUAUGAAGUACAGAUCAGAGGCCGCGAGAGCUCACAGCGGUUCCUUGUUUCUGUCAGUGCUGAUUUUGGUUGGUCAUCAGCUGUCAUAGCUGGAAUAGUUGUUGCUGGUCUGCUGUUGGCUGGACUUUUAGCUGCUGUUGUGAUUUACUAUCGCCGCAUGAUCUCUCAACUACAAAAACAAGUGGCUGAAGAAGAGAAAGUGGAAGAAAUGGAAGGAAGAACUGUCGUUCUAAACACUGGUACUACACUACAGAACGGUGAUGAGAUAAAGUGGUGGUUUGGAGAUAAUCCCAUAACCCAAAACAGUGAAUGGGCCAUUAAAACCACUGAUAUAAAUUGUGAUGUUACUGACGAGAGAUUCAGAAACAAAGUGCAGCUGGGUGGUAGGACUGGAGAUCUCAUUAUCAGUUAUAUCAGGACCAUUCACUCUGGAUUCUACAAAGUACAGAUCAGCGGCAAAAACAGAAUCAAAAACAAGAGAUUCAUUGUUACUGUCAAUGUGGAGAACGUGUCAGGGAAGGUUGGACACUCGGUCACUCUAAAGACCAAUAUUGAAAUACAGAAAGGAGAUCUGAUACUGUGGACCUUUGGAGUUAAAAACAGUCUCAUUGUUAAAGCCGAAUCAGGAAAAAUUUGUAUUAGUGAGAGCUUCAGAGGCAAACUGGAGCUGAAUGAUCUGCUGCUCAAUGGAUCUCUGACCAUCACAAACCUCACCAAUGCAGACUUUGGACAUUUUCAACUACAGGUCCUCAACAGCGAACGGAACAGAUUCAGGAGAUUCAAUGUGAUCGAAGCUUCCACAGAAAAAAAAGUGAAGGGUUCGGUGGAAAUGGUCUCACUGCUGUCUCAAGAGGGUGUGGAUGAAGAGGAUGCGCAGCAGGGGACGAGUUCACUUUAAUAAGACACGCCCACCACUGUCAAUCUUUGUCACAUCAUCAACACUUGAGCUGAACAACAUAUCCGUCACGAAUCCGGUCCCCGUAACUCCUCCCGCUCACCACCAGAGGUCCCCUUCACCACACAGACUGUAUCACCCUUUCACCCCGGACUACAUUUCCCAUGAUCCAUUUCACACUACACUGAUUUGAAUUUUUUCUUAAAGUAAUUUUCAGAUGCAAGGGGGAAAAAA